AUGCCUCUAAGUCCUCUGCAAGCACGCAUCGCGCGUGACAUUGUUUCCCACGUUCGCCGUGAGCGUUUUGAAAUAGGGCACCACCUGGUGGAGUCUCAGCUGGCCACAACGCUCAAUGUUUCGCGCACACCGGUCAAGUUUGCCUUGGGGCACCUGGUGGAAAAAGGCAUGCUGACCUACGACCGCAACCGGGGAUUUUUCCUCGCGCGUUCAAGCAAUGAACUCACCGACCUCGCCUCGCAAGUCAUGGAGAGCAGCGAGGAUCCGCUCUACCUCAAGUUUGCAGAGUUACGCCUGAGGCGCCAGCUUCCCGAGCUGUUUACGGAAAUUGAGUUCAUGCGUCAGUUUGACGUUUCCCGGGCAGCGCUGAGGGCCGUUCUUUCACGCAUUCAGCAGGAAGGCUGGAUAGAGCAACGCGCAGGCCAGGGGUGGCGAUUUCUACCGAUGAUUGAUUCGGUGGAGGCCUAUGAAGAGAGCUAUUCGUUCAGGGCGACUAUCGAGCCUUCGGGCCUGCUGGCGCCCACGUUUCAGAUUGACCGCGACACAUUGAACGCCUGUCGCAAGCAACAGGCGUUCAUCGCCAACGGCGGAUACCUCACCAUGACGCCCCAGGAGCUGUUCGAGGCCAACUCACUGUUCCACGAAACACUUGCAACCUGUUCUGGCAAUCGUUUCCUGCAGCAGACCGUGCGCCGCCUCGAUCAGUUACGAAGGCUGGUGGAAUAUCGUCAAGCCGGCACCCGUGAUCCUCGCAAAGGCCAGGCAGAGGAGCACCUGGCGAUUCUGGACUGCCUCGAGCGCGGGGAUCGACUGGCGGCGGCCGACCAUAUGCGCAAGCACCUGGAGCAGGCCCGCCGGAAAAAGGUAGACCCCGCGCUGUUCGAA